AGCGUUUCGAGCGUGACCCUUGGGCCUCCACACGACAACCCCAAGUUUCAUUCGCGUAGUGUCACAGGCAUGCUGCGCGUAGCUGUACUUGCUAGCUCAAGCUUCGGGCUCGCAUUGGCGGGAUACCGUCCAUGGGAUGUCGCGGGUGUGAUGGAUCCAGUGUUGAUCGCGCGCAUUGAAGGUUACAUGCCACCGAUUUGCUCGUCGCUGUAUGGCGACAGCGAGCACUGGACGGACUGGAGCAUUUGUUCGGCGAAAUGCGGCGCCGGUCAACAAGUGCGCUAUCUCAGCAAUGCUGGCGUUCAAAACCUACAAUCCAACGGAUGUGAGAUUUCUAUCGACAAGCGCAAUUGCACGGGGACUGUGUGUCCUCGCGACUGCCAGUACAGUGACUGGCUUGGAAACACCAACAAUGGGUGGAGUGUGUGCGACAAGGGCACGGGCACGCAAACCCGCACUCGCGUCGAACUGAUCUCGGCCGAAAACGGGGGCAAGUCGUGUUCGGACCUGUGGGGGCCGCCCAUUCAAACCAAGAACUGCGCCGUGGACUGCGAAGGGAGCUACGGAGCGUGGGGGAACACUUGCAACGGCAAAACAGGAACGGUGGCCCGGCAGUUCAACAUGGCGGUGACCCCACUGAACGGUGGCGCGGCGUGCCCUGCGGAGGUGGACUCGAAAGACUGCAACCCCGCGUGUGCGGACAUUCCGUGGGGUGAGUACAGCGCGUGCAGUCCCGUGACUGGCAAUCGCACUCGCACGCGCGAUGUACCCGUUGACGCCAACUGGUUCAAACUCACGACGAUCCUCAAAGCGAACAAGUGCCCCACCAUUGACGUGCAACCUUGCAACGUGCAUUGCCAAGUGGGUCCGUGGUUGGAUGCGGAAGCUGCCACGUGUGACCUCAACACGGGUACCAAGACCCUCACUCGCCCCAUUGUACAACCCGCUCGUUUUUGUGGCACUCCCUGCGACUCAGCCGCACAUGAUACGCUUCUGACCAAGACGGUGCCGUGCAGUGUGUCGUGCGUGGUGGACAAGUGGGGGCCGUGGACGUGCGACGAGUCGACGGGAGUCGCCACUCGUCGUCGGUCCGUGCUUCAAGCGCCGCUUAACAACGGCACCGCCUGUGGCGACACGAGCCAGACGCAAGACUGCCGGACGGUGUCGUGUCCGAUCUGCGCGGCGACGUGCGAACCCACCGAGUGGGUGGCCGACAUCGCGUGCAAUAUGACCACGUGCACGUCCAAGAAGGUCCGGUCUCGACGAUACCCUGACCGAGAUGCCGACAAGCCGUGCCAGUUGGAAGCGUUUGACCCGUGCACGGCCGACGCGGUCAUGGGACCGUGGUCCGACUGGAGUGAGUGCGAUGACUCUGCCAAGCGCACUCGCACUCGGGCGAUUGUUUCCCCAGCGUGCAAUUGGGGAGCGGUGGCAGGACACACGACCGAGACCCAGUCGUGCCAGUCGAUCUGCCUGCCUCGGCACAAUCCGUGGCCGGUUGACGAGGACGGCCAAGACGUGUGGGGGCCGUGCAACCAAGCCACGGGGCUGCAGACUAGACGUCGCGGGAUUGUCAAGCCCCCCACCGCUGGCCAAGAGCCCUGCCGAACGUCGGAGACCCGCUCAUGUGCAGUCAACUGUGUCCUGGACUCGUGGAGUGCCUGGUCCAAUUGUGAUAAUGGUCUGCGCAACCGCACUCGCAGCAUCCUCCAGCCCAUGCUCAACGGGGGCAGUCAGUGUGGACCCACCCAAGAGACGGACGACUGCGCGGAGACGUGUGUGACUGGGGCGUGGAGCCCGUGGAGCGCACCGGACGCCGAGUGUGUGUGCUACAGCACCCGCGACCAGUUAUCCCCGGCACGCAACGGAGGGGCCUGUGUGUUGACGCAGAGCAACCCGUCGUGUGUUCAGAACUGCAUAGUUGGCAGCUGGAACGUGACGGGGGAUUGCCUUUUGACCGGGCCACACGCGGGGUACCGACGACUAACUCGGGCCGUGAUUACGCCACCGUGCAACGGCGGCGCUUCUUGUGGGGCGACCGAGUCUUGGGAAUCGUGCGACGUCCACUGCGUCAUGAGCGACUGGGGUCCGUUUGGCAAGUGCGACCUCGCAACCCAGACGUCGACGGCAGAGAGGGCGAUCGUCCAACAAAGUUAUGGCAACGGGGACAGUUGUGGUGCCACGACCAAGACGGAGCCGUGCGGCACGUGCGCCGACCUCCUCACGCCUUUCAAUUACGAGUCGUGUGACCCUGAGUCGGGCACGCGCACGGGGGUCGCAAAGUGGAAGUACACGCCCAAACAAGGGCAGAAAUGCACGUUGCAAGUCACGGAACCCUGUGACGUGGACUGCAAACUCACACCAUGGACGGCUGGCAAGUGCAAUGUACGAGGCACCCUCGCGGGUAAGCAAUCCUUCACGCGGAAGGUUCUAGUCCAUCCGUUGAACGGUGGUGACGCGUGCGGGGAUUUGGAGAAACUCGAAAAGUGCAGCGUCGAUUGCAAACCUACCGACAAGUGGGGAGAGUGGGGUGACUGCCAACCGAAUGGAUUGAUGAACCGUACAUUGGGCAUUGAUUACCCCGCCCAGCACGGAGGUAGCAAUGAUGCGUGUACCGUAUCAGAAUCCAAGGCCUGCGCUGUGGACUGCGCGAUUGAUACAGCGACCGGAAAAGUUAAGCGUGGCUCGUUGAAUGGCGGAUUGUCGUGCCAAGAAGUAGCCACGGCUGCGGGGCUGCAUGGUGACUACUCGGACGUGAGCAACGCUUCCCAAUUUGCUACCUUGGCCAGACAACACAAGGAAGUCGUGAUGUCGAUGUUUGCAGCUGGCGGGGUCGGGGUUAUGUUGUUGGUUGGGGUGAUGAAGCGCAGAUUCCAAGAGCGUAGCCACGGAUACAGCUCGGUGUCGCACACGUAAAUGAGUUGGUCGUGUCACACGACAAGUUUAAUGCAUGCAGGGCAUAUCAAGUUUGCACACUAACGAUGGAUGUUCUUGUGAUUGAAGACUCGAAUUUCAAAACUAGCUAGUGGAGUUACGUUAACAAUACUCAACCUCAUGGUAUCAAUCCUUGUCAA